AUGGAGCUGAGGGAAGGUGUGAUGAGUUCUCAAGCUUCCACUGAUGAUCUGAUGAACCUCUCUCUUGGUGCUGUGAUCCCAAGCACCUGCUACAUCAAAUUGAUAAAUCAGACAGAGGUUAAUCAACAAAAAGAGCAAGGCCUGUACCUGAGAUGUGAAGCUAAAGGUCAUAUGAUUAAGAGCUAUCUGUUCAAACCUCCCAGACACCCUGCCACCCUCAUGAUAGCUAAGGUGAUCCCCAAGCCAGUACUGAACAACAAUGAUGUGGAUAUGAGUGAGGAUUCAGAAAAAGAGUAG